AUGGAGAAGGGAAGGCGAGACAGCGAGACUAGUAGCCCGACACGCUUACACGAUCCCACGUCCUCCAGAUUUCUUGACAGUUUUCAAGGAAUGUUUCACUCCCACGAGAGCCUAGGGAGUGAGGAGAAUAAACAAAUGCGUUUGUUAUACAGUGAGUUAUUGUCAGCAGCCAAGAAGAAUAUUCACAGUCAGCUUCGAACGCGUGACAGGAAAUCUUGGGCGCUUGCGCAUGAAGACAAGAAUUAUGGUGGGCAACAAGAAGACACGAAACUCGCAUCGCCUUUCUUAGUUAACACGGAAAACAAAGACUGCAGUUUCCCUGCCAAGAGGAAUGACGUCGAGGGAGAGAUGGCCGCCUUCGAGAGCGCAGCACAAGCAGUAUCCAACAGAGUCAACAAGGAGAACAAUUUUAAAAUGAUACUUGAUAAGCAUCAUGAAAAGCGCGGAGAGGAUUUUAGCGACGAACCUGCAGAAAAGAGAAGAAAAGAAGAUGCUAUAGAAGACAAACACACAAGCAACGGACCCAGAGAAAGAGAAACUUACUGGGAGCGAAGAAGGAAAAAUAACGCUUCGGCGAAAAAGUCAAGGGACGCGAGAAAAACCCGAGAACUGCAAACGCAAAUAAAGGCAGCUUUCCUUGAGAGAGAGAACCUGAGAAUACAUGCACAGCUUAUGAUUGCUCAACAGGAAAAUACGUGUUUAAAACGAGUCUUAUGCGCCAAAAUGUAA